UCUCUCAUCUCUCAUCUCUCUAUCUCUCUGUCUUUUCUCUAUCAGAAACGCACAAUCACACAGACAAGAGAUGGAUAAAAAGCCAUGCAAUAGUUCAUCCCAGGAUGUUGAAGUGAGAAAAGGGCCAUGGACCAUGGAAGAAGAUUUGAUUCUGAUCAACUAUAUUGCAAAUCACGGUGAAGGUGUAUGGAACUCCCUAGCCAAAGCUGCUGGUCUCAAACGUACUGGGAAGAGUUGCCGGCUCCGGUGGCUAAAUUAUCUGCGGCCUGAUGUUAGGAGAGGCAAUAUUACACCUGAGGAACAACUUUUGAUUAUGGAACUGCAUGCCAAGUGGGGAAACAGGUGGUCGAAAAUCGCAAAACAUCUGCCAGGACGGACCGAUAACGAAAUCAAGAACUAUUGGAGGACUAGAAUUCAAAAGCACAUUAAGCAAGCAGAGAAUAAUAUUACACCUGGACAAAACUUCGAGGUGAAUGAUCAAGCAAGCACAAGUCAGGUGUCGAUCUCCAGCGCUGCUGUGGACACAAUGGAAAUUACCCACGCCGCACCGGCUAAUUAUCCACCAAAUAUGGAUGCUUAUCCUUCCUCUUUACCUGCUGAUCACUCCCAUGAAAACUACUGGAGCAUUGAGGAUCUCUGGUCUAUGCAGUUACUAAAUGGAGAGUAAUUAAGCAACCCAAAUCAUAUAUUAUGCUCCAAAUUCUUAUUUGGAUCAUUGAUUAUUAGGUUUGUCUAUAUAAUAUAUAUAUAUGUUUUUUAUAUAUAUAUAAUAUAAACAUAUAUCUUGGUUCAUACUUGAUUUUAGUUUGCACUAGGAUCGUAAGCUUUGCAGUUUCCGUCCCUAUAUAUACAGUAAAAGAGAGUAUUUGGCAUAACUAUAUAUAUAUAUAUGUACAUUGUUUGGAUGGCUUAAUUUAAUAUGUUUCCUACAAUGAGAUCUCGGAUUUGUCUUAAUUGAAGCAUUAAUUAGUCGAGA